AUGGAUCCGUCAGUCGAGGUGAGCUGCACCGACGCAGAAAUCGCGCGGCAAUGCCCCAACACCAAGUACCAGCACGGCUGGCGGCGCAUCGUGCGCAACUUCACCCCGUCCUGGUUCUCGGUAAACAUGGGAACGGGCAUCGUGUCGAUCCUGCUGCACAACCUGCCCUACAACGGCACCUGGCUGUACUGGCUCUCAGUCAGCCUCUUCGCGACCAACGUCCUGCUCUUCGCCGUCUUCCUGGCCAUCUCGACGCUGCGCUACACCCUCUACCCGCGCAUCUGGACCGCCAUGAUCAACCACCCAGCCCAGAGCCUCUUCCUCGGCACCUUCCCCAUGGGCCUGGCCACCCUCAUCAACAUGACCGUCUACGUCUGCGUCCCCGCCUGGGGCCCCAGCUUCGCGCGCCUGGCCUGGGCCCUCUGGUGGCUCGACGCCUUCCUCUCCCUCGCCACCUGCACCUUCCUCCCCUUCGCCCUGAUGUCCCUCCACGCCGGCACCGAGCUGGCCAGCAUGACAGCCGCGUGGCUCCUCCCCAUCGUCUCGCCCAUCGUAGCAGCAGCCACCGGCGGCGUCGUCGCCGAAGCGCUCCUCCCGAUCAACCCAGCCCACGCCGCGACGACCGUCCUCGCAUCCUACGUCCUCUGGGGCACGGGCGUGCCGCUCGCGCUGGCCGUGCUGGUCAUCUACUUCCACCGGCUGGCCGUGCACAAGCUCCCCGCGCGCGAGGUCGUCGUGUCGGUCUUCCUGCCGCUGGGCCCGCUGGGGCAGGGCGGGUUUGGGGUGAUGCAGUUGGGGAAGGUGGCGCGGACGCUCUUCCCCAUCACGGGCACGCUCGGGGGCGGGUCAGCCGACCUCGCGGCGCGCGCGGGCGAGGUGCUCUACGUGUGCGGGUGGCUGGCGGCGGUCGUGAUGUGGGGGUUCGGGCUGGUGUGGCUGUUCUUCGCCGUCUCGACGAUUUCGCGGUGCAAGCGCUUCCCGUUCAACAUGGGGUGGUGGGGCUUCACUUUCCCGCUUGGCGUCUACGCCGUCUCCACGGUGACGAUGGGGAACGAAUUGCCGUCGCCGUUUUUCCGCGUGGUGGGGACGGGGCUGUCGGUUGUGGUGGCAUUGUUGUGGGUGGGUGUCGCGGCGGGGACGGUGAAGAGGGCUUGGAGUGGGGAGAUGUUCUUUUCGCCCUGCGUCAAGAGUUUGGAUGAGAAGAUGGGGUUGAUGCGGGGGGAGGAGGCGGCGGCGUGA